AUGAAAUUAUGGUUCCACUCAAGGUUUGGUGUAAGACUGUUUCAGCGGGCUAAUGAUGUAGACAGAGAUGACCGCGAGAAAAUGUUUGACGCAUUUGUGAGCUACAGCUCUAAAGACGAAGCGUGGGUUGCGUCAGAAUUGGUGCCUAUGUUAGAACGUGGCGAUCACUCAUACAAAUUAUGUCUGCCGUACCGUGACUUUGCAGUAAGUGGCAACGUGGUUGAGAACCUAACAAGAGCAGUGCAGACAUCGCGGCGUACCAUAAUGGUGCUUAGUGAGAAUUUCAUAAAAUCCGAGUGGAGUAGUAUGGAAUUCAAAUCGGCGCAUCUUCAAGUCUUAAGAGACAGACGAAGAAGGCUCAUUGUUGUGCUAAUAGACGACGUUCCGCCGAAGGAUCUCGAUCCCGAUUUGAGGUUGUAUCUAAAAACCAAUACGUACUUGCAUUGGGGCGAUAAGUCGUUUUGGGAAAAGCUUAGAUUUGCAUUGCCCGACGUACCGAGCAACCAGAGGUGCCGCGGUGUACCAAGUCCGGGUGCCGGCGGGACGGUACCUAUGCAUCGACACCACCAUGCUCGAGCCCACAUAGGGGCAUUGCCUCCGCCACCUGUGCACGGAGCGCACCCAGUGCUGCCGCCACACCCAUCACACGCCGCCCACCAAAUACCUCCUCGUGCGUCACCACGUACUCUCUCGGCUCAUGUU